AUGUCGUCGCCUAGAUUCGCAGAGCCCUCUUACGGCUCGCACCCGUCCAUUCCCGAUACCGGUGCCGGUAUCCACUUCGACCAGCACUUGGACCCCAACGGCGCAUACAAGACGGAUACCGACGGCACUACCACGCCAGCUUACUAUGGAGCAUCCACCAACGGCGCAAACACACCCCCGGUACCCGGCCAGGACUGGCCCGAUAGAUCCCGCCACGAACUCACUUCAUCAAACUCGAGCCAAGUCGCACUCCACCUCUCCCAGCACAAGCUCAGCAUCGACGACGAGAAGCUGAAGAUGGGCUCGGACGAGGAGAGCAUCAUGUCGAACGGCAAGGUGUCGCUGAGAGAGCGUCUCUCGCACGUCACAUGGGCGUGGUUCACCACGACCAUGAGUACCGGAGGUGUGGCACUCGUUCUCGGAGCGGCACCUUUCAAGUUCGAAGGCAUCGAGGUGAUUGGAAAGAUCAUUUUCGUCUUCAACAUCGUUCUCUUCUUCAUCCUGUCCAUGGCUAUCGCGGCACGUUUCGCCAUGUGCCCGCAGGCAUUCCGCAACUCCCUUCUCGACGGCCACGAGGGCUUCUUCAUGCCCUGCUUCUUCCUCACGCUUUCCACCAUGAUCAACAACGUCCAAAUCUACCUCGUUCCCGGUGUGGAGGAGUUCCUCGAGUCGGUUAUGAGAGACGUCUUCUGGGCAUACGUGGCAUUCACCCUCACGCUUGCCGUCGCUUUCUACUGGUUCAUCUGGACGACGCCCGAGAUCAACAACAAACUUCACGCCGACAAGAUGGGCCCCGGCUGGAUGCUCCCCAUCUUCCCCAUCAUGCUUUCCGGUACGCUUUCGCAGACUAUUGGCGCCCACCAGCCGCCUCAGGACGCCAUGCCGAUCAUUGUGGCUGGCAUCGCGUUCCAGGGACUGGGUUGGUUCGUUGCCUCGUGCUGCUCGACCAUCUGGAUCUACAGGCUCUUCCGCACCGGACCGCUUCUCCCCAACGUUCGCCCUGCCAUGUUCAUGCUGGUCGGCCCGCCGUCUUUCACUGCUCUUGCGCUCAUCGGCAACGCCAACGCGCUUCCGGACAACUACGCAUACUUCGAGACGCACCCGAUGGCCAAGGAGAUCCUCACCAUCGUUGCCACAUGGAUUGCCAUCUUCCUGUGGGCGUUGGCGCUCUGGUUCUUCUGCAUCGCCGUCGUGGCGUGCCUGACGGCCAUCCCGACCAUGUCGUUCGCGGUGCCGUGGUGGGCGUUCGUUUUCCCCAACGUCGGCUUCACGGUUGCCACGAUCAAGAUCGGCACUGAGCUAGAGAGCGAUGCCAUCCUCUGGCUUGGAACCGUCAUGAUCAUCAUGUUGGCCGUCAUGUGGCUGUUCGUGGGCGCGGCACAAAUCCGGGCCAUCCACUUGAAGUUGGUGCUCUUCCCCGGGAAGGAUGAGGAUGCGCACCAGCCUCAGGUGCACGGAGCGCACCACUAA